AUGGGCGAAUACGGUUUUUCAAACGAGCGCCUCGCCCAGAAGCCCGCCACCGCGUGGUGGGAUCCCAGGGGGUGGACGAAGCGUAUCUGGGCCGGUGUUAGUGCCGCCAUCAUCAUUCUCAUCGUUAUCAUCGUCGCCGUCGCCGUCACCCAGGCCAACGCCAACCGAUACCCAGACUACUCCAAGCUGUCGUAUACGCUGAGUGACACAUACUCUGGAGAGGACUUUUUUGACAAGUUCAACUACUUCAACACAUAUGACCCAACGGGAGGAAUGGUUCACUACGUUGGCUCAGCUGAGGCGGCAUCACGGCCCAAAAAGAACCUGACGUACGCCACCUCCGACACGGCGGUACUCCGCGUCGACAGCACCACCGGCAAUAGCUCCACCCCAGACGCCUCGACCGGCCGCUUCUCCGUCCGCGUCGAGUCCAAGACGCAGUACAACAAGGGCCUCUUCGUCUUCGACGUCAAGCACACCCCGUACGGGUGCGCCUCCUGGCCGGCGCUGUGGUUCUCGGACCCCAACAACUGGCCCGACUACGGAGAGAUCGACGUCAUGGAGGCCAUCAACCAGGGCACCGACGGCAACCAGAUGACGCUGCACACCACUUCGGGCUGCAAGAUGGACGUUAAGCGCAAGCAAACGGGCAGCGUCCUCGAGACCGACUGCAAGAACUCGACAAACUCCAACGCCGGCUGCGGCGUCGAGGGCACCACCUCCUCGUACGGCGCCGCCUUCAACAAGGGCGGCGGCGGCUACAUGGCCAUGGAGUGGCGCGAGGAGGGCAUCCGUGUGUGGCAGUUCGCCCGUUCCAGCGCGCCGUCCGACAUCACUAACAGCUCGCCGGACCCGAGCGCCUGGGGCGAGGCCCUCGCCGACUUCCCCAACACGUCCUGCGACAUGUCGUCGCACUUCAAGAACCAGUCGCUCAUCAUCAACAUUGAUGUCUGCGGCUCGCUCGUCGAGGCUAAGUACGCCGACUCGGGCUGCGGCGGCACGAGCUGCUCUGACUUUCAGGCCAACAACCCCAGCGCCUUCGAGACGGCGUACUGGGAAUUUGGAACCUUCAAGUUCUACUCGGCUUCGUGA